AUGGCAAUCGACAUACUACCCGCCUGUGACCAAGCUACGACUACCACUAGUGUAGACUCCCAACGCAGGAAGCCGCGACAAAAUGCGGCUACCGGAGCUUCUGCUGCUGGGGUUCGUGCUCUUAGUGCGCAGGUUGUUGCCUUUUACUUUAGGGCACCUAUAAAAUCAUUUUUUCGCACCCGAGUUGAUUAUAUGGCAUUUGCGAGGGCUGUUAACCCCCACAGUGGAAAAACGGGAUGGUCUUUGCAUACAACUACCCCUGGAUUGCUUGUCCAUGCUGUUCGUACUUAUGGAUGGCGCUUCAUUCCAAAUCAAGUUAUGCCCCCGCUCCUUGGAAAUGCUGGUAUUGGUGCUGUACUUUACACGUCGUACCUUCAAGUCCUUGGGUUCCUAUACGAGCCAGUGUCUGAAGGCGUUAAACGUGUGUAUCCACCACCUCCUCCUUCAAGUACAUUUGCAGCUGGCCUCAUAGCUGGGACAAUUCAGUCUGUUGUAGCUGCUCCUUUGGAUGCUCUCCAGGUUCGCCUCCGAGUGCAUGACCUGCUUGAAGGUCCAUACAGAAGCAUGUGGCACUACGGCCGUCACAAACUCAAUCAAAUUGGAUUCCGAGGUGUUUUUGCCGGCUGGGGCUUAUCUUUUUUACGGGAUUCUUUCGGCUAUGCAACUUUCUUUUGUGCAUUCGAGUUCAUGAAGUCUCAGGCCUACUAUUCUUUUCUUACCUGGUACUACGGCUCACUACACUCGCAUGGCUUAGGCACGCUUCGGGCCACUCAAGUAAGCGACCGCGAUGUGCCUCUCAUUAGACCUCAUUAUGCCCUAGAACCAUGCUUCCUAAUGGCUUCAGGUGUCGCAGCAUCAAUUGCUCAGCAAACUAUACAGCACCCACUAAGUGCUAUACAGAAUCUCCAUGUUGCUCGUUUGGAGUACCUUGAUCACCAAGCAAGCCUUCAUCCCUCAAAACGAGAAAUGUUACGCCUAUACUAUUCUGCGUACCAGGAGACCUACAAAAGAUGCAGAAGAAAGGCCACGAGGGCAGGUGGCUGGACUAGGUGGCUGUUUCGUGGGUUUGUAAAGGACGCCAUUCGUCAGGUACCAAGUACAAGCGCUGGAUUGGUGAUAUUUGAGUUGGUACGUCGUAAAUAUGCUAGCAUGGCAGACGCUGUAUAUAUCCAGAAAGGUGGCUAUGAUAUCCUCCUAUCAUGAGAAACUUGU